CAACAACUAGAAUGUUUCAUGUUUCAAGUCCAGACGGCGGGGACAAGAACAGGAACCUCAAGUCCGGAUACUACCACUUCAGAGGCUGGCCUCGGAUCAACACCCCCAAUGCCCGACUUUGACAAGCAGAGCUACUGGCACCAACGUUUCGAGUCGGAGACGGCCUUUGAAUGGCUGAUCCCGUCGUCUACGUUUAUGCCCCUUCUUGAGGCUUUUCUCAACAAGUUGCCCGGUUCUGAUGCCAGAAUCCUGCAUCUGGGUUUUGGCACGAGUGACUUGCAAGUCCAGCUCCGGACGCGUGGUUUUGUUAACAUUACCAAUGUUGACUAUGAGCCUUUGGCGAUAGAAAGAGGCCGGCACCUUGAGAUGACGGCGUUUGGCGAUGUGACGAUGCAAUACAUCACUGCUGAUGCUACAAAUCUCGCUUCUGUUCCCGAGAUAUCUUCCCAGAAAUACCACCUUGUCGUCGACAAGAGCACAGCUGAUGCUAUCUCUUGUGCAGGCGACGAUGCGGUUUUGGCUAUGGCCCAAGGCAUUCACCGGAGUCUGGCCGAUGAUGGUGUAUGGAUCUCCGUGAGCUACUCGGCCUUCCGGUAUGACAGUCCGCAGUUGCCGUUUGACGUCGAGGUCAUCGCCAGAAUUCCAACCGCCAAGGCGAGGGCGACUGAUCCAGAUAUCUAUCACUAUUGCUACCUCCUACGUCCGAAACCCAAGGUGUAGAUGGAGAUGGCAUCGGCAGUAGUAUAUUGAAUUUGGCUACAUGCACCACCGACCUGUCACAGGGUAGCACAGCAAUCUCGGCCGAUGCACUCGGUCUUCCCGGAGCCGCCCACGAGUUUUGGGUUCGUGCAUGCCCCCUUUCACCUCGAUUAUAGACCCGAAAAAGGAAACCUCGGAAGAC